UAAAGUGCAGAAGGAUGCUUGUGAAGAUCAAUGAACUGGUCCUCUAAAAUGAUGAACUCAAACCAAAAAUCAACAUGGGAAAAUUGUCCUUUGGGUUCUCCUGUGUCUGUUCUCCUACCUGCUGAAGAGGGAUCCUGAUUUGAUUUUGCAGAGGAAAAUAAACAAGAUGAGACCCAGGUAUCAUGGUCAUGAGCAGGAGCAGGUCUUGCUGGGUAGAGCCUCAUCUUUGGGUCAGACAAUGGCAGCACCAUCAGAGGAGUGCCGCGAAUGCACCAAAGGACGCAAAACACGGAAGCAUUUGUAUGGAUUAUUUCACUACAACAGCAGAAUGCUUGGACUUGAAUCACUUCCAGAUCCCAUGGACACCUGGGAAAUUAUAGAAACCAUUGGUAAAGGCACCUAUGGCAAAGUCUACAAGGUCACAAAUAAGAAAGAUGGGAGCCUGGCCGCAGUGAAAAUUCUGGAUCUGAUCAGUGACAUGGAUGAGGAAAUUGAGGCAGAAUACAACAUUUUGCAAUUUCUUCCUAACCACCCCAAUGUGGUAAAGUUUUAUGGAAUGUUCUACAAAGCAGAUCAUUGUGUGGGAGGACAGCUGUGGCUGGUCUUGGAGCUGUGUAAUGGGGGUUCGGUCACUGAGCUUGUCAAAGGCCUGCUUAGGUGUGGUCAGCGCUUGGACGAAGCAGUGAUCUCGUAUAUCCUGUAUGGGGCCCUCCUGGGCCUUCAGCAUUUGCACAACAACCAAAUCAUCCACCGUGACGUGAAGGGAAAUAACAUUCUUCUGACAACAGAAGGAGGAGUUAAGCUCGUUGACUUUGGAGUCUCUGCUCAGCUCACCAGCACACGUCUGCGAAGAAACACAUCAGUUGGUACCCCAUUCUGGAUGGCCCCAGAGGUCAUUGCUUGUGAGCAGCAGUAUGACUCCUCCUAUGACGCUCGGUGUGACGUCUGGUCCUUGGGGAUCACAGCCAUUGAACUGGGGGAUGGAGACCCUCCCCUCUUUGACAUGCAUCCUGUGAAAACACUGUUUAAGAUUCCAAGGUAG